GAACAACCCUAGUUGUGGGUAAUGACAAUUCAAGACGGCUAAUUUCUGAUUUACCCUGCUAACAUAUUAAUUACACGUUAUUAUAAUACACUCGGUAGCUAUCUUAAUGCAUAGCCGUCUCCAAAAUAAAAUAGUUGUGUAUCAAUAUGACCAACAUGUUACAUGGUUAACAUAAAAUGCAUUGCUACCACAUUAAUUACAUAUGAUUAAAAUACAAUAGCUAGUAAUAUUUAUACAUAGCCGUCUACGAACAAAAAUACCUGCAUAUAAAUAUAUACAUCUAUGGCACUGAUAAUAACAUGGAUGGCUUAAACGAUAGCAGUGGCUAAUGACAAAAAGUGCUCGACUAAUUUUAUUUAUAAAUUGCUAACACAUAAUUUACAGUAAUAAAAAGAUAGAUAUUCUAAUGCAUAACCUUAUAUGAAAUAUAAUAGUUGCAUAUCAAUAUAAACGUAAUUUCAGUGGUGAUAUUCAAACAAAGAGUUCUUUCUCCUCUCUUACAAAAUAGCUAGUUAGGUGAAUAAUAACUUUAAAUAAGACAUGAUGGUUACGAAGAAGAAAGAAAACUUGUUGGUUACAUGUCAGUUAUAUGAAGUUUAACCUUCAAAUAUUAUUUGUAAACUGUAUUAGAUAAACAUGUAAAUAAUUACAAUUGUUUUACUACAUAAACAAUUAACAUAAUUACUAAACACAAAAUGUGUGUAUAUGCUAUUUGAUAGUUUGGUUACAACAUGAUAUAAUACAUCUAAACUUUAUAUUAACCUGAUACAAAAACUGAGCAACUUGAAUACAAGAGUGACAAUGAGCUAAACAUCUCAUGUUUAGCUAAAGUGGCUACGAAGAAGAAAGACACAUCCUAUUUCUUCGACAUCUCCUCAUAUUCAUCAUAAUAAGCCGUGUAAUCGUCUUGUCAAAAAAUCAGAAUUAGCUUCUUCGUCUUCAUUAAUCGGUGAGCUCCGAGUCUUUUGUGUUGUGAGACGAAAGAUGGUGACUUUUUCCCAUCACCGUCAACACGCCCUCACGGGGCUUGAUCACAUGGAUUAAGCGGCUAAACUCGUCCUCCCGCCUUGCGAGUACCGGUCGCCGCCGAACUGAGCUUUAUCGUCAUGAGGACGGUCAUCGAAACCGAAAGUAUGAGACUUGAAAAUCUGAUCAGCUGAAAAUUUUCUAUUAAAUUUGUGAGAUUACACAAUCCAAAUCAGAAACAAUCUUUGAAUUUAUUCGCCUUGUUCUUUUCAGAGAGAUGAUACAAGAAAAUAAGAACUUGUUUGCAGCCAUAAAUGAAAGAGAAAGACAUAAUACUUUUUUGUUUAAUUUGAUCAGAAGAAGACAUAAUACUUUUUAAAAAGUAUGAAAUAUAAGUAUAAUGAACCUUCUGAGAAUUUAGAUAGCGUAUGAGAUUUGAUAUGUAUUUGUUUUAGAUACAGGGGCAAAAUCACAAUACUAAAAAACCAAUAUGCUGAGUCUGUAGGCUGCCACGUCACCAAAAAUAAUCAGCCAAUCAGAACAUUUCGUUUGGACACGUCAGACAGGCUUCGCGUUUUCUUUUUAUUUGGAGUGGGCUUAUGGGCUUUGUUCACAUCGUUUAUGGCCUUUAUUUAUUUUUUCAGCUCUCGCGUGAACCCGAUAAAGACGGAGGUCACGAGGAUUAGUCACGAGAGCUUCCCCUUUACCUUUUUUUCUUCUCCGCUUGAAACCCUAGAGUCCUCAAUCGAUCCACUUCUUCUCAAUCAAAACUCCUCUUCUUCUCAAUCAAUCAAUUUCUUCUUAAUGAUUUCGUUUCAGUUUCCUCUAUUUCUCAUCCUUUAUAUACUGAUUUACUUUCGUUUGAAAAAAAUCAAAACCCUUGAUCUGCUCUAACCUAGAUUCAUGGCGAUGAAACCGAAUGGGAAGUCAAUUGCCUCCUCUGAUUACGAUGAGAAAGUCAUGUUCUUCAAAGAUGUCUCGCUGGGUCACCACGAAGCUCAGUUGCGAUUUCGGCUCAUCCAUUUCUGGGAGGCUUGGAACAGAGUGAAGAAGAUGCUUAUCGGCCUGGAGAUGCUGCUCAUCGACGAACAGGUAGCUGUUAUUCAAGGAUUUAUUUCUCCAGGACGUAUUGAAAAAUACUUGCCUCACAUGAAGCGAGGAUCUGUUUACAAACUCAACAACUUCUAUGGAUCCAGAAACAAGUCUGUGUUUCGGGUUGCUGAUCAUACCGCAACCGUGUCGUUCUCAUGGAACUCAGAACUGUCGGUUCUUCAAGACUGUCGCACCCCUUUUGAUGAAGACAGUUUCCGGUUUCAUUCGUAUGAAGAAUUUCAAGCUCUCUCUGAUCUCAAAGGAGAUCUCUAAGGUAAGCUCUGUAAUUCUCCACAUAAUGUCUUAGUCGUAUUUCUAGAUGAUUGAAUGUAAUAUCUAGACUUUGUUGCUGUUUAGAUACAGAAAACUCGACUUAGCUGAAUCAAUGUUUUCGGUUUUCCAUAAUCAUUCUCUGAAUUAACUGUUUCAAGUGGUAUAUGUGGAUCAGUGAAGUUAAAGUUUGAGAGUUUAGGGUUGUCUUAGUCAUUCUCUGAAGUCGGUCUUCAAAGAAGCAAAUUCUGAUAAAUGAAAUUCAUUUGUUCGAAUUGUAACGUUAGAUAUCAUAACUUACUACUCUCAGCUCUUGGAUUUUAUUGAUCAUCAUAACGUAGGAUUGUAUAAAUUGGUUCUGUUCAGUACUUUAAGACUAUGUGUUUCUAGAUUCUAUGUGGUCACGAAAUAUUUAACUAUUUAUUUGGGGUCAUCUUACUAACACUCUUGAUGAUUAAUGGAAUAGAUGUUGUGGGCCACAUGAAGUUGGUUGAUGGUCAGAGUAUCAAUAAGUCCCCCGUGCUUGACGAAGUGGAGAUAGCAAAGGCGAGGCGUCUUCUGGUUCAUAUCCAGUCACAUGAUGGACCUGUGAUGAAGCUUUAUCUUUGGGACCAGGCUGCAAGAGACUUAUGCAAAAAGUUUAAUUCGUACGAAAACACACCCACUGUGUUACUGGUCACGACCGUAAACACAAAGACUCUCGGAGGUACUCUUGCGUUGACCUCAAUGUCCUCCUCGCGUGUAUUUAUGAACUACGAUGUCCAACCUACUAUUGAUUACUUCGGCUGGUUGGGCUCUAAUCCAGCUAUUGCUGAGCAGGUUAAUGCAGAGGUGGUAACUAAACGUGAGUCAAUGACUAUAGGGGAUUUAUUCUCCUACAUUAAGGAGGAAUCUGCAAAGGAAGCCUUUUUUGAGUGCACGGCUACAAUCGAUGAUGUGGUGCAUGGCUCUGCUUGGUACUACAUUGCGUGCAGUGGGUGCCAUACUAAGGUUACCAAAGGCCCAACUUCGUUGAUUUGUACAAACAACAAGUGUGGGAAGGUUAACGUAGAUGGUGUUGCGCAGUACCGUUCAAAGAUAUCUGUUUAUGACAACAGUGAGCAAGCUUUUUUGUACUACUUGGUGAUGCUGGUCGUGAGCUGACUGGAAAGCCCGCAUCGGAAUUAGUCAGAAGCUAUUUCGAGUUAAACUUUCAUCCGACCAUGUUCUGUGACGUGUUAACCUGACGCUGUUGUCCUUGAAUGUCAGGGAAAUGGAAACCAAGAAGAUGACCAUGAGGCACCUGUCCCGGAAGCUUUAAUCAGCACAAUCGGCCAAAGACAUAAGUUUUGUGUCAAAGUGACAGAGCACAAUUUAUCAGGCAAGACCCGGUCGCUUACUGUGACCAAGAUCCUCCCUCUAGACACUCAACCAGCCACGGUAUCCUCGGAAGGAAACAACACUACUGCAACUUCAGAGGAAACAUCCAAAAGCCGUGUGGAUUCUGCAGAGGGGAGUAAGAGGACUUGUGACAGUGAUGAGAUAGAGGAAGCUAAACGCCAUAAGUGUGGGAAUUAGAGGUUCAGUACGUCUCCUAAACUUGCAAGGCUCAUUGCAGUUUAAGUGUUUUUUCUCAGUUUCGUUUUUUACUCAUGUUUUCCUUUCAGUUGAGUUUUCUUUUUUUCCAACAUGUUAUCUACUUCGAAUGAUUAUGAAAUCAUUUGCUAUGCACUAUUA